AUGGGAUCUUUCGACAUAUAUUGUUCAUUGUGCUGCGGCACCUUAUACGAAGUUGAGAUUGGAGGCAAGUCAAAAGAACAGCGCCAAGUGCGCCAGCGAUUAAUCGCAAAGAAAAUUCAGGAGCUCCAGGCUCAGAGUGAACGCAGCGGCCUGGCUAUGGCCGGUGAACAAUUGGGAAAUGAAAAUGCGGCACAAUAUACACAAAGUGAGAAUGUGCUAGUAUCUGAGGAGGAAGAUGAAGACUCCUGGGAAAUCCAAAGGGAAAUGGACGGCAACCGUGGCUACGAUCCAGACAUCGUUAGCGAAGAGAGUACUAAAUGGCUUCGGGUGGUACAUGUGCUCGGGUACAACCCUACAGCGAUGGGACUUAGCAAGACGCGGUUGAAUUUUCGUCAGGCGAUGUAUUCUGUCACCCAUCCGGCAACCCCUGGUUUCGAAGAGAUCCUUCGGAAGUUAGUAGAAGAAAAGGCUUUCAAAGGUACCUCCACGAGUUCUUUGUCGCUUGCGCAUAAAGUGAAACGAGAUCCAUUUGGCGAAUUACCAUUCGACCUUCUGUACUCCAUUCUUAGCUUCCUUCCGGGAGACUCAACCCGGGCGUUGAUGUCAGCAUCGUGGCCUGUUUAUAGAACAACUCGCCAUCCCGCAUUGUGGAAACAGCUUAUGUACUGGGGAAUGCCUUGGUUCUGGGAGCUACAUAAGCUUGUUGAGGAAGAUAAUGUCCCUGACCUAGACUAUAAGAACCUCUACCUUUGGCUGAACAAGGCGACUAUGCCGGUAUAUGGUAUGCGUGGUCCGUUCUUGGGUAUCGCCAACCGGAGACGCAUCUGGUGUGCUUGCGCGCAGCUUGCAGAAAAAUAUUUCUUGUCUUUUCACCAACGGAGGGACACAACUGAUGAAGACUUCAAUUCGGUACUGCAACAAAACCAGAUAUUUCAGCUACCAAUGGUUAAAUAUCCACAGCCAGACAUGGAGGUUAGAACCAUUAGCAAACAGUGGUUACAUACUCUGGAGGAAUUCAACGGUCGGUCCGCCUUGUUGGAGACCUUCUGGAGUAGUGACGAUUACCUGAUGGGUUUGACUGUUAGUUUUAGGACAAGCCGUCGGCCUUUUGGACGUGACGCAGCAACUGGGGGGGCUCAUCAGCAUGUUUUAUCCAUUGAAAGUUCUGAUUGGAUUUCAGGGCUUGUCCUAUAUAUGCCUGUGAUGGAUCUUCUAGAUGCCCAUGCCUGUACAGCUGUGAAAGGUAUCGAGGAUGGAAUCAUUUCUCGUUUUGGAAUCUUAGAGAGCCCCGCCACUGAAAGUGACAAAUUUUCUAUUCACGAUGCAAGGAUUGUCCCAGAAUCCGAACGCCCUUUCGGCCAACGGCUCCUUUGGAGUUCAGCCGCAUCCCCAUUUGAACCGCGAGGAGAUCAACGACGAUUUAUUUGGAGUCACCCUGAUAUUCAAGUUUUGUCUCCCAGCUCAACCGGAGAUAUGGGCCAUGGUGUACCUACUGACCUGGUUCCGCACCAAUUCCUCAUGUGGGCAUUGCAUGGCGACGAGCUUCGAAAAUUAACUCGGAUAUCUGCCUACGUAAAAAAGGAUAUAACAAGCUCCGGGCCUAUGGAGUGCUUGCUAGGCUUAAGGACCGAAUACAUUCGGCGUUACUGGGAACCGAAACGAUAUAUGGGAGAGUUUCCCAACGAUGAUGAUGAAGAUGAGGACCAAGAGGCUCCCGAUGGAGAGAUUCGCCAUUUCGACAUCGACGGCCCCAAUUCUGACUCUUGUUCUUGGCAUACGCGAUUUCCUGUGGCUAUUCACACUGUCUCCCCCCUAACCGCAAAUUUGCAUGAGAAAGCGUUCUAA